CAAAAACACCAACUCUGCUUAUCCACUCUUCAUCAGCCACCUUCAUCUUCACCUUCGGCUUCACCCUCACCUUUCUAGCUAAGAAAUGGAUGAAAGUCCAUCCAAACCUUCUAUUGCUACUACUAGUUACUUCUCAUCCAUGUCGACGGAGCGGUCACAACAGAUUCUGAUGACCGCUACGUCCCUUCAACUGAUAGCCGAUCUCAUUGAGAGCAUUUUCCGAAACGCUACUGCUGCUGCGGCUGCUGCUGCGGCUGCUGCUGCGAUGGAUAGUGAUCAGUAUGCAAAGUUAAACGAGAAGAUCAGCAGCCUCGUCAGUGUUGAUUAUCACAUGCGUCAGGCAUUGGAUGAUAUCCGAAGUAUCGCCUGUGAGAUGUCAUGCAAUGUGUCAGCAGUAAAUGUGGAUGCAACCACAACGGCGCUGCUCCGAAGGCUUGAAAAUUAUUCAUGGAACGCCAAAGUGGUACUAGCCAUGGCAGCUUUUGCCUCCAGUAUUGGGGAGCUGUCGAUGGUCGUCAAGCACCGCAACACUGAUCCGGUCGCCAAGUCAGUGGAAAUCCUGAAGGGUCACUCCCCUGCACUUGAUUUUACAGUGCUUGAAAGCCUUUUCAGGGCCAUUAUGGAAGUGGUGAAAACCAAUUUGGCCUUCUUGAACCCAAAUAUUUCAAAGAUCCCAAAAGAGUCACCGUCGAUGGUGGAUGCCAUGCCUUAUUUCCCCAUUGCUACAAACAAGAUCCUUCGCAUUGUAAUACAAGUUGUAAGCAUUUUAAACAAACCACAGGUCAAUAUUGACUUAAUACGGCAGUUGGCAGCAGAAGUUGGCGAUAUAAAUACUAUCCUUCAACAGAAAUUAUUAGUUUGCCAAAGGGAAGCUGGUGAUGCAGCAAAAGCCAAACCCUACCAGUACGAAGACUUUCCCAAACCUAUUGCUAAACUUCGCAUUUCGGAAGCUAUCGAUAAAAUUUGGAGUUACAUGAAGAGUGAGGUUCCUGAAAACAUGAGAAACAGGCAUGUGUUGUUGCUCAUAUCAGAUCUUGACAUAUCCAUCGAAGAGAUUAAGGUUCUUAACUGGCUGUACCAAAAGAAUGAUCAGAUGUAUGCCAUCGUGUGGCUCCCAAUCGUGAACCUCUCAACGUAUGAUACCGAACGGUUUAAGGAACUGAAACAACUGAUGAAAUGGAGUGUGGUGGAACCCUCCAGAAUUGAACUGGAUGUCGUUGAGUUCAUCAAGAAGGAGUGGAGUUUUAUAAAGAAGACAAUUGCCGUGUCAGUGAAUCCAGGAGGAGAAGUGACAUGUCAAAAUGCUCUCCCUAUGUUAUGGACAUGGGGUAAUUUGGCCUUCCCUUUCACUGAUAAAACAGAACAGGAGCUGUGGAAUAAAAUAGAUGAGCAAAAUGGUUGGAGCCUUGACCUGCUGCUUAAUGAGCAUAUCGUUCCUGAAAUACGGUCAUGGAUAGAGAGUCGGAGUACUUUCGUAUGCUUGUUUGGUGGUGGAGAUAUGUCAUGGAUUCAGGAAUUUACAGAGAAAGUAAAAUAUGCUGCAUACGCUGCCGGUGUUUCCUUGAAACUGGUUUACGUGGGGAAGAACAAAGGCAAAGGGCUAGCAAGGAACGAGCUCAGUCGAGAAAUUAAAGUUAUUGAAUCUGAAUUUCAGUGGCAGUUUUGGACCCGACUGGAGAGCAUAUUGUACGCAAAAAUCCGACAUGGCAAGACGGUCACUACUUACAAAACUGAUCGGGUAAUGCAGGAGGCCUUGAAAGUAGUUGGCUAUGGUGGGAGUGACGAAGCGUGGGCCAUGUUCUCAAUGGGACCAGGUGCGAUGGUGACAACCAACGGAGAAAUGGCUCUAACCAUCAUGUCAAACUACCAAAAUUGGAGACAGGACACAACAGGGCUUCGUUUCCUUGAGGGAAUAAAAAGUUACAAGGAUGCAAUAUCUCUGAAUGUCCAUGGCUGCAUCAACGUUCACCUGCCUGUUCUGGGUCAGAUUCCAGGGACAAUGAUCUGCCCUGAGUGUUCCAAAACAAUGGAGAUGUUUUACACUUAUCGCUGCUGUGCUGAGUAACGAAUUAGCCAAUGAACCAUGUUUGAGAAUUUGAUAAAUAAAUGUUUUUAGCCCUACUGAUAGCACGGGCUUAGUCCGAGGUUACUGCAAUAUUUCUAAGGUUACUAUUAUGUUACUACUAUGUUACUACGUUAUUUCUAUGUAAUAAAAUAAUAUCCAUGGGAUGCCACUUCUUCAUCAACUUUGGCUGGUGAAGAGUCCAGGAUUAGUUUAAUUUCUCUCGUAAUAUCUGCCUUAUAUUUACCUUCCUCUUUAUCAAAUUUCAGUUAGGAAACAGAAAAUGGAGAUACUCUUGUUGUCUGCUUGAGUUUGUGACA